UUACAAACAAACCGGCUACCGCGAGUGAACAACAACAAAUCGCAUACAUGGAAGCUCAAUCUUCCCGCAAACGCCCGUUCUCCGACGACGAUGAAUUUAACGACAAACAACCUCCGGAAAAGAAGGUGAGGUUUCCAAAGGGAAAGAAAGUGAAGCCUGGACAAGAAGUGCCGAUGCCAAAUGUCCCCCAACAAGUCCCUGAAGAUGAUGAACUUGUGGUGUUGGAAGAGCCUCAGGCUGUAGCCAAAGCACGUUCUAAACGACGGAAUAAGAACAAAGGUGGAUUCGAUGAUGAAGACAGCAGAGAUAUCCUUCAAGUUGUAGCAGAUGCUGAAUUGCAGUAUAAGGAUACUGAGACACUUGAAGACGAUGGAAUUCAGCUAGAACCUUUCAAUCUCGAACAAGAAAGGAAGGAAGGCUUUUUUGACCAGACAGGAAAUUAUGUAGAGUACAUUAGUAAUGACAUCAAGGAUGCUUGGCUUGAUAGCAUUGAUGCUGAUCCAAAUCUUUCCCUAAAACACACUGCGGUUACAGAUAGCACGGUCGAAGCUGCUGAUCUUUCAAGUCAUGAUAUUGGAAGUAUCAAGAGACGGAUUGCUGAUGUGCUUGAACCAGGGGAGACAGUCUUGCAAGGUUUAAGAAGGCUGAAGGGAAGUUCCAAUAGUAGAAAGGAAAAGAUGUCGGAUGAAACAAAAGUUAUUUUUGAUCAACUAACAGAAGAUGCCAUGAAACUGAUGGAGGAUGGCGACUACAAUGUAUAUGAUGAAAAACAGGAGGUCUUCCAGAGGGAAGCCGAGGGAUUUGAGAAGCUAGCACGGGCUAGAGGGGAAGGCACCUCAGGCUCAGAAAACAAGCAACCUGAUUCCUCUGUGACUCUCAACGGAGUGCAGGCAGCAGAUAAUACUACAAACAACGAGGAUGAUUUUGACAUGUUUGCAGAAAAUGAUGAUGAACAAGCUGCUUCCAAUGUAUCCGAUGGCACUGGACCAACACAAAACGACUAUGUAUUUGAUGAGUCCUCAGGGUACUAUUACAGUAGCAGUUUGGGUUAUUAUUAUGAUGCCUCUUCUGGACUAUAUUGCUAUGCAGCAUCUGGGCAGUGGUACUCGUAUAAUCAAGAAACUGGGGCUUAUGAUGAGUUACCUGCAGCGGAAUCCAAUGCAAGCUAGUGGAAUGACAAGUUUAUUUUGUUCCCAUUUAUAUCUUGUACAAAGUAAAGAGGCGACAUGUUGCUAAAGCAUCUUUGAUUUCUAGAAUUAAUUGCUUAGUUGUUUCAGUUGUUGCUAGUACUUUGUCAAAUUUAAAUAGGACGAGUUCUCACCUUUUUUUUUUCCGGCAAUUAAAUAGAUAUUGCUUCUUUAAGGAAAAUAAGCUGUAUUUUGAUGAUACUA